GUAGCUAUGCAGGGUUCCGACUUUUUCUUUGUGCUUUUGGGUUUGUAUUUUCUUCGGAUAAACUCGACGUUAUGUUGCGAGGACUCAGAUUUUAAAUUACAGGGGGACUACAUUCUUGGAGGACUGUUCCAGAUUCACUUCGCGCUCAACGAAGAUACGCCGAGCAUCCAUCCCGAAGACCUGCAGUGCAGUAGAUUGAACUUCUUGCCUUCAGGUUAUCAACAGCUCCAGGUGAUGAGGUUUGCGGUGGAGGAGAUCAAUAACUCCACCUCUCUACUGCCCAACGUGUCGCUUGGCUAUGAGAUUUUCGACUACUGUUCCCGAACACAGAACUUCCCGGCUGUGUUUGACCUCCUCUCCACCAACGGAUCUGUCCCAGUGCGAAACACGAUCAGGGAGUAUCAUCCUAAAAUUAUAUCUGUCACUGGCCCUUUUGGAAGCACAAAAACCAUAACUAUUGCUCCCCUGCUCAUGUCAAGCUUUGUUCCAAUGGUAACCUAUGGUGCCACAAGUACACAGCUGAGUGACAAAAUAAAAUUCCCCUCCUUUUUCCGAACGGUUCCAAGUGACAAGCAUCAGGUGGGGCUUAUUGUUCGUCUGCUGCGGAUGUUCAAGUGGAACUGGGUGGCGUUCAUCGGGGGGGACAGCGAUUACAGCCGGGAUGCCCUUCAGUUUUUUUCUGAGGAGAUCCCGUCAGCCAACAUCUGCCUGGCUUACCAGGGAACGGUCACCAGAACGGCCCCCGAAAUUGACGAGAUGAUCGAUGUCAUCGACGACCUCCAAAUCGGCGUCAUUGUGCUGUUCGCGGAGCAAAGCGACGUGACGCUGUUCAUCCAACAAGCGGUCAAGAGGAACGUGAGGAACAAAGUGUGGAUCGCCAGCGAGGCCUGGUCCUUAAAUCAACAACUGCUCAGUUCCGCAGGAAUUGACUCUAUUGGGACCGUCAUUGGAAUAACCAUCCAAGGACUGGGGACUUUACCAGGGUUCAAGGAGUUUGUCUCCAGAACAAUGACCCGCCGAAAAACCCAGACUUGCCCCUCUGAACAGCGUGUGUCACCAAUGGAAACUUGCAACCAGCUUUGUCCCCAGUGUUCUGGGGUAACCCCUCAAGAUAUCAUUAACGAGGACCCAACUUACAGCUUCAGCAUUUAUUCAGCGGUUUACGCUAUUGCACAUUCCUUGCACCAGGCUUUGCAGUGCAGUGUGAAUGGAUGUUCAGGAUCAGGGCCGGUCUAUCCCUACAUGGUGUUCGAGAAGCUGAAGAAGGUCAGCUUCACACUGUAUGGACACACCAUAGAGUUUGAUGAAUAUGGAGACCCAUCACCUUAUUAUGAAAUUGUGGUUUGGGACAAGACCUCACCUGAGUUGUUCAAGAAGAUUGGUUCAUAUUCUCCUCAAACACAGCCUGAGUUCAUUCUCAACAAGAGUCUUAUUCAUUGGCACACAAAUGGAGUGGUGCCUGUAUCGGUGUGCUCUCCAGAAUGUCCCUUGGGUUACAAGAAGAGCCAGGUUGGACACCAUGAGUGCUGUUUUGAGUGUGAGGCCUGUCCAAAUGGGACAUAUGUCAAUUAUACAGCUGAUCCCUCCACGUGUAAUAAAUGUGAAGUCGAUGAGUGGGCAGAAGAGGGUAGUUCCUACUGUCAAAAGCGCAUCUUGGUGUACCUUGACUAUACUGAGCUCCUCUCCAUUGGACUAAUGCUGUCCGCGAGCUUCCUCAUUUCAAUAUCAGCGGCUGUUGCCAUUGUCUUUGCUUGUAGCUUUAACACCCCGGUUGUGAAGUCUGCAGGGGGGAAGAUGUGCUUCUUCAUGCUGGGCUGUCUCACUGUGUCCUGCUGCAGUGUGUUCUUUUAUCUUGGAAUACCUGGGAGAGAAAAGUGCCUCCUGAGAAACCCUGUAUUCGUUGUGUUCUACACCGCCUGCCUCUCCUGUCUCGCUGUGCGCUCCUUCCAGAUCGUUUGCAUCUUCAAAAUGGCGGCCAAGUUACCCAAGGCCUAUGACUUCUGGGUCAAGCACAAUGGCCAGUGGCUCACUAUUAUGUCUUGUGUGGGUAUUCAAGUCAUCUUGUGUGCCAUCUGGAUUGGUGUGGAGGGACCCCAGCCUCUCAAUAACACAGCAACCUAUGAAGACCAGAUCAUAUUUCACUGCAGCAUGGGGAACGAAGUUGCUUUCAACAUUGUAAUAAUGUUUGUUGGUUUUCUCAGCAUUGCCUGCUUUAUCUUCUCCUACAUGGGCACUGACCUGCCCAAAAACUACAAUGAGGCAAAAUCGAUAACAUUCAGCUUGCUCAUAUUUUUCCUUUCAUGGAUUUCCUUUUUGACUGCAUACAUGGUUCACAAAGGGAAAUACAUCCAGGCCAUAAAUGCUAUCUCAGUGCUGGCUAGCUUAUAUGGCAUUGUCUUUGGCUAUUUUAUCCCUAAGUGCUACAUUAUUCUUUAUAAGCCUGAAAAAAACACUACCGCACACUUCCAAACCUGCAUUCAGAAUUACACCCAGAGAAUAAGUAGUAUGUAAGGAGGUCAAUGAUAAAACGAGGAACAUCUCAAAACCUUGAGAUGAUGCUUAUAAAAUCUGAUUUUAUUUUGGAUUCAGAAAAGACGUUUAGGGGUGAUGGCACUGAACAUGCAUAGUGCCCAUAUUAAAAAAAAUAAAUGUUGGGAUUUGCAGGUUUUAUGGGAAAAGGGGCUUAAAUAUACUUUUUGGAAGAAAUAAUUCAUUAGUUUUUCAUUUUAGGUGUUUUCAUUGCUUGGGAAAAUCUUGGCAUUAUAAGUGUUGCUAUGUUUUUUUUUUAAUUUUCAUUGAGAUAGGUGUGUUUCUUCUAUUCUGAAAGUUAGGUGUUUGAGAAGGCAAGAGGUGCUUUGGAUUUUGAUCCUGAGUGUCUUAUUUG